CCUUAUAUGCCUCAGCAAUGUUGGAAUAGACCAGGGGCCGGUUGCACCAACUGGGCGUAACUAAGCCUGGUCGUAACUGCUAAGUAGGUCUUAGUUACGACCUGGCGUUAGAAUGGAACUAACGCCGGUUGCACCAACGGGACUUACGACUGGUCUCAACUACGCCCGGUCUUAGCCAUGCGCGGCCAUGUGAAUGUUCCAUGUGAUGCGCAUAUCACCGCGUUGCUAGGAUACCUUGUGACAACAGCUGUUUACUAUUUUACCAACAUCCGACAAACCGACAAAUCCGACAAACCGACAUGAUGGAGGAAAACAGAAAGAGAAAAGUUAACUUCACCGACGUUGAAAUUAGAAAAUUAAUAGAAUUAUACAGUGAGAAUAAGACGGCACUGACUGCCAAGCAGUCCAAUGUCGUAACAAACAAAACAAAGCAAGAGACAUGGAGAUUUAUAAUGGAGAGUCUGAACAGCUGUUCAGACUCAGGCUGUCAUCGGACGGAUGGUGACAUAAAAAAGAAAUGGAAAGACCUCCUGUCCCGGGCCAAGAAGGACGUCUCUUCUCUAAAGCACCAUCCCACUGGCGGUGGUCCUCCCCCGAAAACAUCACCCUAUAGUGACAUUAUCGUCGCUAUUUUCGGGGAGGAUUCACCAGCCUUCGUCGGGUUGGACGGGGUGGACAGCGGAUGUCCUCAACCGCCGGAGCAGUUGGAAGAAGACUUGGAAAGUGCCACUACCAGCUCAACACCACCACCACCGAUAGAACCAGCAGUGGCAACCCCUUCCUGUCCAUCCCCACCCCCGGCAACGAAGCGGAGGAGAAGUGAGGACCUUCAACAGGUCCUCAUGGAGAAGGAAAUUGUCCGGGUGGAGAAGGAGACCAUUAAAUUAGAGGCAGAGACCAAAAAAAUUGAAUUAGAACAAAUUAAAUUACGGCUCCAAAUUCAUUUGCUCCAGCAACAAAUUAGGCCCCAAACAAUUAUUUUUGAAGACCAACCGUGACCAUCCCUGUACAAUGUAAAUAAUGUAAAUAAAUAUUUUAGAGUUAGGAUAAUUG